AGCACAUGUCUGUAACUUUACACACUGAUUUAGGUGAAAUAAAAAUAGAAUUAUUUUGUGAUGCUUGUCCAAAGACUUGUGAGAAUUUUUUAGCAUUAUGUGCGAGUGAUUAUUAUAAUAACUGCAUUUUCCAUAGAAAUAUUAAAGGCUUUAUGGUUCAAACGGGCGAUCCUUUGGGAACUGGGAAAGGAGGCAAAAGUAUAUGGGGAAAAAACUUUCCUGAUGAACUUAACAUUACAUUAAAACAUGAUUCUAGAGGAAUGAUCUCAAUGGCUAAUAAGGGUCCAGAUACAAAUGGCUCUCAAUUUUUUAUAUUAUAUUCUAAACAAUCCCAUCUUGAUAUGAAAUAUACUGUUUUUGCCAAAGUUAUAGAUGGAUUUGAUGUUUUAGAUCUACUAGAAAAGGUACCUGUUAAUGAUAAAAAUAGACCAAAACAAGAUAUUCAUAUUAAAUAUGUUACAAUACAUUCUAACCCUAUAGCUGAUAAUAUUGUUGUUUUGUUUAUUAAAAUUGAAUUUUACUAAACUCUAAGCUACAGUGAUGGAUUAUCCAUAUCAU